CUUCCUAGCGCCGCCUUUAACCAAAACAGGCAACUUUACAACCGGAGUCUGCUGCAGAGAUAUACUCUACUUCAGAUAUCUAAAUUAGGUUUCUACUCAAAUGUCGUACCACGAGAUGAAUUAGACGACUAUAAUCGAGGAAGUGUAUUAUUUGUGUAUUUUAAUAGCGAUUUUUAAAGCUGUACGCUGGUAAUUACAGCUAUGAUGGCGUCCAGCUACAGUGCUAAAGAGGAAGACGGUCAUAUCUCCGGGUCGGCGGGGCUCGGCGGUGCCGCAAUACGGACUAGAAAGCCUGACAACACCGCGUUCAAACAGCAGCGCUUGCCUGCUUGGCAGCCCAUCCUGACUGCGGGGACUGUACUACCCGCUUUUUUCGUCAUCGGCCUCAUCUUUAUCCCCAUAGGAAUCGGCCUGUAUGUUACGUCCAACAACAUCAAAGAGUUCGAGAUCGAUUAUACUGGGACUGACAUGUCGAGCCCGUGUUAUGAAUGCUCUGUAAACUACAGCUGGAACAACACGACUCCAUGCAAAUGUAUUAUUUCCUUUAGCUUAGACCAGGCUUUCGAGAGUAAUGUUUUCAUGUACUACGGCCUCUCAAAUUUUUACCAAAACCAUCGCCGAUAUGUGAAGUCCAGAGAUGACAGCCAGCUCAAUGGAGAUGAUCGCUCACUAAAGGAACCAAGCAAAGAAUGCGAGCCGUACCGUACGAAUGACAACAAGCCUAUUGCCCCAUGUGGAGCUAUUGCUAAUAGCAUGUUUAAUGACACACUGGACUUGUUUUUCAUUGAUCCCAAUGGAACUAAAAACCAAAUUCCCUUGGUCAAAAAAGGAAUUGCAUGGUGGACAGACAAGCAUGUAAAGUUUAGAAACCCUGGGGCCAGUAACCCAAAUCUUACAGCCGUAUUUCUAGAGACCGCAAAGCCAAUCAACUGGCGCAAACCUGUUUAUGAACUGGACGCAGACCCAGAAAACAAUGGCUUCAUAAAUGAGGAUUUCAUUGUGUGGAUGCGCACAGCUGCCCUGCCCACCUUUAGAAAGCUCUACCGCAUCAUACAAAAGAAGAACAUGUCACCCACAUUACCUAAAGGAAAUUACACUCUGGAGGUCACCUACAAUUAUCCCGUCCGCAGCUUUGAAGGCAGGAAGCGAGUUAUCCUCAGCACCAUCUCUUGGAUGGGUGGGAAAAACCCAUUCCUGGGCAUCGCAUACAUUACCGUGGGCUCUAUUUGCUUCUUCCUUGGCAUAGUGCUCCUCUUCAUUCAUCACAAAUACGGAAACCGUAACAACAGCUGUGAUAUUCCUAAUUAAGCUUGCAUGUCACAUGGUGAACAUCCACUGUUCAAACUCCAAUGUCUGUGUGUCUGAAUAGCAUGCACAGUGUAUUGCUUUAGAGGUGCAAGAGAGCAUUUGACCACUUGGAUGUUCUGUUACUUUAUUUCUCAGGAUAAUGAUUUCUGUUUAUGGUUCAUUUCAAGCAUGUAGAUCUGUGUACUUGUUCGCUUAAGACGGGGGUGUCAAAUUCAAUUCCUGGAGGUCCGGUGUCUCUGCAGAGUUUAGAUCCAGCACUAAUCAAACACACCUGAAGCAGCUUCUUAGAAACUUCGAGACAGGUGUUUGACACCCCUGACCUAAGAUGUUUCGAUCGUUGAUGUGUCUAUUUAUGACUAAGGUCAGUGUGAUAUUACAUCCAUGAGAAUGAUGCUGUAUAUGUAAAUGAAUGUAUAUUUGUAUUUCUUGGAGAUGGUUUUACUUUUGGCCAAAGUGAUUUUAAAAACAGGUAAACAUAAUAUAUGAGUAAUUUAUUUUUCACUGUUAAACUUAAAUUCAAAAGGAGACUUAUUUCCUACGUAAAGGCAAAUACCGUAGCUUUGCUACUUUGUAGUGCCAGGUUAUGGUAGCUUUAAUCAAACUUUAAACUUUGGAGGACUUGAAGUUAUUUGGUAUUGAAGAUGUUUGUGCGUCGCUGUGUGUACUUUACGGCUUGCAAGGACCAAACAUUUUGUGUCUGUUUAAUUGAAGCUGUCUCGAGUUUUUCCUUUUUGAAAUCUUUAUUACGCGUUAUGAUUUAAGCAUGUCUGCCGGGCCUCUAACAUAUACGCACUUUAGAAUAUGACAAGCCAUCAGUUUUUAGGAAGUGUGCAUUUUAUUGUUGGAUGAAUAAAAUGUCUAUAUACUAAAA